CGCUCAGUAGCUCCUUGGACGCGUUCUCGCCAAGUCCUGUGUGAUUUUUGGAAGUUUCGGUUUCGGUUUCAGAUUUCCGAUUCAGUUCUUAUUCGAACGCGCUACCGACGAGUCACGGGUCCGCAAAGCUUGCCCAGUUCGUUUAAUGCGUUCGUUUUCUUCGUUCCAUCGUUCGUUCGUUCGUUCGUUCUGUUUUGAAACAAUUUUCGAAGCUAAACAGAACAACUGACAAAAGAAACAACAAACCAGACAACAACAACAGCUACAAACUAAUUAACUUUUGAAUUAAAUCUCAAAAACCUUAACCCAAAAUCUAAACAAAUGUCUAUAUGUAUGCCAUUAUAUAUAUAGAUAUGUCUAUAUAGUCAUCCAAAGCCUAAAGUGUUUCUAACCAUCAAUUCUUACUGUAAAAAUUCUCUCCUAAAACUAAAACUAAAACUAAAAUAAAACAAAACACAAUUUACACAAAAAAAAAAUACAACAAUUUUAAAACCAAAAUAAUCGAAUCGAACCCGCAGGCACUGUGAAAUAUUCCAUUGACCAUCAGGCAUAUGAGCUUGUGGCUAAAGGUGUCUACGGCAUCGACUUAUUUCAUGUUGUAAUUCGAGGACUUUCGUUUAUUGGCAACAAUAAUGGUCAGCACAACAUUGACAACACUGGCUGCUGGACAAACAACUAGUAGCAGUAAUCAUCAUCAUCAUCAUCAUCACAAUCAGCAGCAGCAACAGCAACAGCAGCAACAGCAACAACAGCCACAGCAGCAUCAUCAGUUGCAGUUGCAGCAGCAACACAACUUUUAUGCGUUAAACGGCGAUACACAGCACGAUUGCGACAACAGCAACACAGGUACUGGGUACCAGCAACCCUUGAACUUGUCGCAGGCAUUGCUGUCGCCAUCGCCGCCCUUGAACGAUCAAAUCAGUUUGCUUUUUCCCAAGUGCCGACCCAAGCAACCGCAGCAGCCGCCACAGCCAACGCAGCCUAAAGAAAAGCAGCCACAGCAGCAGCAGCAGCAACAGUUGCAACAUCAGCAGCAACAGCAACAUCCUCAUCAGCGACAUGAACUACUGGCUGACUUGAAUCUCAACAAAGGCGAGAGGAGCAACAGCAACAGUCCCAUUUUGGCCAGCGAAGCAGCUACCGCCUGCGAGGUCCUGGCCAGCAGCAACACCACACCGCCCCUGGCCACGCCCACCACGACCAGCUACUAUAAGAGUGUCAACAUAAUAACCCAGUCCCCGCCACCCCACUCCGCCUCGUCGCACUCCUCAGAGUCGCUGUCGUCGGUGACGCCGCGUAUCUCCACGAAUCCGUUUCUUUGCAAUCCUCCCGAGUCCCCGGAAAAGGUCGGAGAACAGGUGGAGGACCAGGACCGGGAUCAGGAUCAAGAGCAGGACCAGAAGCAGGCCGAGGCAGCGGACUAUCCGGCCUCCUUUUACUAUCACACGGUGCAGCAGGAGAGCAGCAGUAUGCCGAGGAAGCGCAACGGUGCCAUCCCCGCCAGCAGCAGCAGGCAGCAGUUGCACAACGGCAAUGGCCCGGGAUCGGGUGGUGGCAGUCAGAAUCCCUUCAUCAAGGAGAACUACUGGGAGACGGCGGCCGUGCCACCGACGAGGGCCAGUACCUUGUUGCACUCACCCACCGAAGAGGUGCAACAACAGCAACAGCAGCAACAGUUGCAUGCCUCGUCGCGAAGGGCUUACCACCAACAGAGGGAACGGGAGCAGGUCUAUGGCCUCAGUCAGCGCUCGCAGCAGCAACAGCCGCACAUCCUGCGGGUGGGCCGAAGUCCUGUGAACCGCAACUUCCCCCAGCAGCAGCAGCAGCAGCAACUGCAGCAGCAACAAGUUGCAAGUAACAACAGCAAUCCCUGUGCCGAUGGCCUGACUCCUCUGGCAAGUCACUAUCUCUACGGCAGCAAGUCCUCCCUGGACCAGCAUGGCAGUGCUUCCGGAGACUGGGAGUCCCGGGAGCAGCGCAAGAUGCGUCUCCGCGAGGAGAGGGAGAGAGAAAGGGAGAGGGAGAGGGAAAGAGAGAGGGAGCACCUGUUGCUGGAACAGCAGAAACAGUUGCAGUUGCAGGAGAUAAACGCGGCUAGGGACACUUUGCUCAGCCAGUUGGCGGGCCAGCAACAGCAAAGGAAGCGCCACGGACAUCCCGAAGACAGAGACAGGGAGAGGGAGAGGGAGCGAGAGCGAGAGAGAGAACGCGAUCAUCGGAUGGUAAAUGGAGGAGAUCCCAACGAAAGCUGGCAGCAUCUUCGUGUCACAACUGAAAAUUCAAUGAACGAUGAGGCUGGCAAGCUGACGGAAAAGUCCCAGACCCUCGGCCACAAUAUCCUUGGCCAGAAUCAGCUCCAGAACCAGAACCAAGUCCACAACCAGGAGGGAACUCUCUACCGGGAUGCCUGGCAGUUGGAGCGAAACUACACGCUGGCCGUGGAAUCGCGACAUGGCAUUAUAGAAUAUGAAGGCUCGCCGAGGCGUAUUGGAGUCGCCACCAAUAACAUGGGAGCCAUGGCAGCGGCGGCAGCAGCAGCAGCGGCGGCAGCAACAGCCACAGCGGACGAAAGUGAACCACCAGCAGCAGCAACAGCAGCAGCAGCAGCAUCAGUAGGAGCAGCACAGCAACAUCUGCAGCAGCAGCAACAGCAGCCACAGUUGCCCAUGGCGACAGUGACGCCACUCAGCAACACGGCGACUUCCUUACAGAAGACAGCGGCCCGGGCUGCGUUGGCUGCUCUGGCGCAGACCCAGGGGCAUCCGCAGCACCAUCCACACAACCACAGUCGUCCACAUGCGCCUCAGGGUCAUGCCCCGCAAGGUCACAGCCUCUCCUUCGGCAACCAACCGCCCCAGCAGCCCUUGCAAGCUUAUCCCGUGCGUCCGGGCUUUCCACAGAGGAUUAUAUCGCCACCACAUCGUGAGAUACGCAGCACAUCCCCUCCCCCACAGCAACAGCAGCAACAGUUGCAACAGCAACACUUCAGCAGCCUGAUGAGCGGCAACAACAAGCCGCAGCAGCAGCAGCAGCAACUGCAACAACAACAGCAACUGCAGCAACAACAACAGUUGCAACAACAACAGCAACAACAACAACUGCAACAACAGCUUAGCAGUGACAACAACGCAGAGGACACCAGCAAUGAUGUUUCAGAGAUCGGAACCAUUUCGGAUCUCACCACUCCCGAGGCUGUGGCCGCCGUGGUCCUUGCUGGCGGUGGCGGUCUUGCCACAUCCGAGGUGGCCAGUAGGGCCGCCACCCCCCCUCAGGUGGCAGCCGCCUCCCCGCCAGCGGCAGCGGGUCAGGGCACUAGCAACGGCAUGUCGGGCGGCCUGGGACCGCUCAGCUUGCACACCAAGUCCUCCACCUUCGACUAUCUGUACGAGUUCUCGGAGACGCGCAAGGUCCUGGAGGAGUUCUUCAAGUGCCCCUCCACCGACGAGCAACCGAUCAUGGAGAACGGCAGUGAUGUGGAUAGUAUUGAUAUCCAGUACGAGUUCCACAGCAACUUUGAGCGAGAGGACGAGGAUCUGGCCGAGGAGGAGGAGGCUGAGGACGAGGACGAGGCCGACGAGGACGCCGACGAGGAGAACGACGAGGCUGAGGACGAUGACGAUGGCCUGGAUCAGGAUCAUCUAGAGCAGAAUUAUCGCCACCAGCAACAGCAGCUGCAACUCCAACAGGUGCCCACCAGUGGGGCGGCCACCGUCGAGCGGCAUGUCUAUGGAGGCUACGGGCAGGCGCAGACCCAGCAGCAGCCGGCGCACGUAGGCGUGGCAAGGCGCCACUACAGCGGUAGUCCACUAAUGCGGGACUUUGAUUUCUUCCUGGACUCGGCCAGCCGGAGCAGCGGCGAGCGAGACGGUGACCCAAAUCAGCUGCUGAGCACCGGCAGCGGUCAGGGCGGCCUGGGCGGUGGAGUGGGCGUCGUGUCGGGCGGGGGACACAACUACCGCUACUCCCCGGAGACCACCGACUAUGAUUCCAAUUGCGGGGACUUGGACAGUCUGUCGGGGGAAAUGAAUGGAGGAGUUUCCACAUCCUGUUCGAACUACGCCAAGUACUACGCCUCGGCCAUGCCCGUCCUAGAGGAUGGCCUCUCCUCCGGCCACACCAGCGACACCGAGAACAACAACAACAAGAACCUGCAACAGCAGCAGCAGCAGCAGCAAUGCCCGACUAGCUUGAGCGGCAGCACCAGCAUCGGUGGCAGCGGCGGCAUCUCCAUGCUCAUGAACAUGAAACGCAUCUCCACCAACAACAGCCUGAACAGUAUGCACAACCUGACGGCCUCCACCACGGACAGCAACGGCGGAGGUCACAACCACGGGGUCAUCGGGAUGACCACACCGAGUCCCAGCAAUGGGCUGGCGAAGACGCAGUCCCAACAGCCGCCGCAGUCGCAGCCACCGCUCCUGGGCCAGAGUCCCAGCAACCACAGCAAAGUGUUCAAGAACAUUGAUCCGGAACUGGAUUCCCUGUACUCCAUUAGUGUUUUCCAUCGACCGGAUACGGUGCAGAUGACACCACCGCCGCCUGCCCCGGCGCCGCAUCGCAAGCCCACGGCCGGUGGGGCAACCACUCCGAACAGCAACUGCAACAACGAUGUGGAUCUGCUGCAGCCCAGCAGCAAGCACACACCCCUGGCGGCGGCCAUCAGCAGCACCCUGCAACGCAGCUCCCCCACCGGAAACGGAAAGCCACGCAGCGCCGGCAGCAACUGCAGCAGCAACGGCGCCAACGGCAGUGGCAUGCCACCACCCAUACCCGAGCGUAGCAACCUCCAGAUCGCCGCCAGUCAGCGCUCCCCCUCGCCGCAGGGACUCAGCUCGCCUGUCUGGCUGUCGCGGCACUUGGAGCAGGGGGGCACUGUCAGCGGUGGUGGUGGCGGCGGAGGAUCCGUGGUGGAUCAUUCGAACCACUCGAAGAGCCACAGCGCCGAUGAGGAGGAUGUGGACACCGACUUGGAGACGGAUCGCCUGCUGGGCCAUCAGCGGCUGGACGAUCAGGGCUACUACGACGAGAACAAGAGCUGGGAGAGCCGCAAGCCGCGGUCGCUGCUCUCCAAGAUCUCCCCGAAGCAGCCCAGCACCAAGACCCGGAACGGCUACAACGCCCUGUUGAGCUCCACGCCGGAGCUGCCGCCUCCGCCGCCGAUACCGCCCAAGAGCCAGGGCCUGGGCCUGGGCUCGCUGGUGGGCAGCGGCAACGGGGGCAAGCUGCUGGACCUGGUCGGUGGCAUGGUACAGAGGAGCCUGUCGAGGAGCUCCUCGUCGGAGCACAGCGACAAGUCGCCGACGAAGCUGCCCAGCACCGAUGUCUGUGCCGGAACGGUGGAUGUGGUGGCCUCCGCGGUGGCGGCUGUGGCGGCGGCCGGUUCCCCAGGCAGUCCUGGCAAUGGCGGUGGCUCCGAGCGAUCCCUCGGCGGAGGAGGAGGAGCUGGCUCGGGUGCCGGCUCGGGCACUGGAUCUGGGAAUCAAGCUCAAAACGAAAAUGCCAGCAAUGGUGGUGUUGGCGGGGGUAUUGGGCUUCUGGCCAAUGGAGUGGCGACCACCACGACCAACCACAACAACAACAAUGGCUCUGGCAACAGCAACCCCACCACGGGCAACAACACCAACAACAAUAAUAGCAACAACAACAACAACACCAGCGGCGCAGGCAGCAACAGCGGCAGUGGCAGCGGCAGCGGCGAGAAAAAAGUGAAAAAGAGUAAGAGCAAAGAAGGCGGUGCAGUGCUCAUCGAGGGCGUUCUCUUCCGGGCCAAGUACCUGGGCUCCACGCAGCUGGUCUGCGAAGGACAGCCCACCAAGUCGACGCGCAUGAUGCAGGCCGAAGAAGCCGUCUCCAGGAUCAAGGCCUUGGCUCCCGAUGGCGAUGUCCAGCCCAGCACCGAGGUGGAUCUAUUCAUUUCGACGGAAAAGAUAAUGGUGUUGAACACCGAUCUGAAGGAGAUCAUGAUGGAUCACGCCCUGCGUACCAUAUCCUAUAUAGCCGAUAUCGGGGAUCUGGUCGUACUGAUGGCCCGCCGCCGGUUCGUGCCCCAGGACAUCGAUGAUGCGCCCAAACCGAAUCGCACUCCGAAAAUGAUAUGCCACGUCUUCGAGAGCGACGAGGCCCAGUUCAUAGCCCAGUCCAUUGGCCAGGCUUUCCAGGUGGCCUACAUGGAGUUCCUCAAGGCCAACGGCAUCGAGGACCAUCGCUUCGUCAAGGAGAUGGACUACCAGGAGGUGCUCAACAGCCAGGAGAUCUUUGGCGAUGAGCUCGAGAUCUUUGCGAAAAAGGAGCUCCAGAAGGAGGUGGUGGUCCCCAAGUCUAAGGGGGAAAUCCUAGGCGUAGUCAUCGUGGAGUCUGGUUGGGGCAGCAUGCUGCCCACGGUGGUAAUUGCCAAUCUGAUGUCCAGUGGGGCAGCGGCUCGAUGUGGCCAGUUGAAUAUCGGGGAUCAGUUGAUAGCCAUCAAUGGUCUGAGUCUCGUGGGUCUCCCCCUGUCCACCUGCCAGACGUACAUCAAGAACACCAAAAACCAGACGGUGGUCAAGUUCACGGUGGUGCCCUGUGCUCCUGUCGUGGAGGUGAAGAUCAAACGCCCGGAGACCAAAUAUCAGCUAGGAUUCAGUGUCCAGAAUGGAGUGAUCUGCAGCCUGUUGAGGGGCGGCAUUGCUGAGAGGGGUGGCGUCCGUGUGGGUCACCGCAUCAUCGAGAUCAACAACCAGAGCGUGGUGGCUGUGCCCCACGAGAAGAUAGUCAACUUGCUGGCCACAUCCGUGGGGGAGAUACUCAUGAAGACCAUGCCCACGUCCAUGUUCCGGCUGCUCACCGGCCAGGAGAAUCCCAUUUAUAUUUAAGCCAGCGCCAGGAUAAUAAACGGCCUCUAUUGUUAACUAUAGAAAUGAAAGGAGAAAGCCCCAAGAAAACAUUUAAGGAUAUUACGAUAUUUAGUAUAUAUAUUUAAAGAAAAGAGAAAAACAACAUACCCAUACGUAUAGAAAGAGAAAGCAACAGGAACAUAGAAAGAGAUAGUCGGUGAGAGAAAGAGAGUAUAUAAAUAUAUAUGAAUGUAUAUGCGUGUAUAGGUUUAGGAGAAUAUGAUUUAGCUCACCUAUAUAUAUAUUAUAUAAACUAUAUACUAUAUACUACAUAUAUAUUCAUUUUUUUUUGUGAGGCGCGAAACUAAAAAAAAAACGACAAAUAAGAG